GGAUUUGAACCAGAGUCGUGAUGACUUUCAUUUGAUGCUAUGCCCUCAUUACACUUCAGUCCACGGUUCCGACUGGGAGUGCAUUCUUAAAUUUAAACCUGCAUCAAUUCUCAGUUGAAAUAUUCACUUCCUUGUUUCUCCAUUGAAUGGAUUCGAAGUACUCUACCGACGCUAUCGCAGCCGCUAGGAGUCUCCAAGUCUUUACGUACAUUUAUACGUCGAUGGCUACAUUCUGGACAUACGACUAUGCCUGUACAAUUCAUGAGGAGGGGAUGUUUUUGUUUUGUUCUCCCUGGAGGAGGGUCAAACUUCUGUACAUUGUGACACGCUAUGUCCCUUUCCUUCUUUUUGCUGCGCACUUGUACCUGAACUUCCUCCUAGACGAAACUUCUGAUACAUGUCAAUUUGUCAACAACAUCUGCUCAUGUCUCAGCCUGGUAUCGUUCGUCUGCUCGGAAUUUUUCUUCAUAUUCAGGACGUACGUGCUAUGGGAUAACAAUAAGGUCGUUCUGGUAGCCAUGCUAUCGACUUUUGUAACUAUGGUUGCGGGGUCUAUCGCUGCCAUCUUUUCCGCGACCGCGACCGCGCCAUUUGAGACCAGCUCAAUUCCGGGCAUCACUGGUUGUUAUCAGUCCUCGGGAAGCAUGAUGCUUUUUGUGCCUUAUCUUCUUUUGUUCGGAUUAGAACUGAUGCUUAUCUCCCUCACGCUCACAUGCGCCAUACAAAAGUGGCGUAUUACUAACAACGGUCUGUAUGGUAUUCUAUUGAAACACAAUGUGUUCUAUUAUGCAUAUGGUUUGGUUUUCUCGAUGGUGAAUAUUCUGACAUCGCUGCUCCUCGACUACGCGUAUAGUGGCAUGUUCCAAGAUUUCCAAUGCGUUGUUCACGCCAUACUCGCCACUCGAAUGUACCUCCAUUUGUGGCAUGUCAACCGUAAUGGCAAUCCUAGUGUCUUCACCUCAAUUAAUCUCUCCAACCUGACACCCACGACCUAUGCUGAGUCUUCCUAACUAGACCAGCUUUCAUUCCUUGGAAGUGGGUUAGAAAGAAGGAUUGACUCCUCCAGCAAUUUUGGACAGUGAUAUUGGAUUAUCACUUGUGAUUAGAAGCAUGCAAGCAUCGAAUUUCCGUUCGUUCAAUGAUCCAUCAAUGUUGUAAUUGGCUGUAGAUUGUAAAUUUAUGUAUCAUGUCGUAUGCUUCUUACUUAGUUUUGAAAGGGACAUUGAUAUUUGGCUGGAUGCGAAAUCUUAUGGC